AUGGCUGAACCAAAAGCCCCUACUGCAACUGAGGUUGAUUUCAUUCAGUCUCAAGCCAACGAGGCCCAGAGCAACAGCAUGGACUCCGACGGACUCAAGUCAGGACUGGCAGAGCAAGCCAGGAAUGCCACUGGCAGAGAACAUGAGUUGACCCUCAAGCAGGCGUUCAGGCUGUAUCCCAAGGCCAUUGCCUUCUCGCUGAUCUUCUCCGCGGCUGUCAUCAUGGAGGGCUACGAUCUUGCCCUCCUUGGCGGCUUCUAUGGAUACUCCGCUUUCCAGAAUAAAUUCGGCGACCAACCGGGCCCCAACGGCGGCAAGGUUGUCUCGGCAAACUGGCAAACAUACAUCCAAAACGGCGGCCUGGUUGGCCAGAUUAUCGGCCUCUACAUCAACGGGUUCAUCUCCGACCACUUUGGAUACAAGAGGACUAUGCUGUUCUCGCAAGCCCUAAUGAUCUCGCUCAUCUUCAUUCCGUUUUUUGCACCCAACAUCCAGACCAUCCUGGCCGGCAACAUCCUCCUGGGCAUACCAUGGGGCAUCUUCCAGACUCUCAGCGUUACAUACGCCUCCGACGUAGCCCCUGUCAUCCUGCGGCCAUAUCUCACGACCUAUGUCAAUCUGUGCUGGAUUAUCGGUCAGCUGAUCUCGGCAGGUGUCCUGCGCGGGCUCCUCAGCCGUGAGGGCGAAUGGGGUUACCGCAUCCCGUUCGCCUUGCAGUGGAUGUGGCCGCCUCUGAUCAUCCUCGGCACCCUGUUUGCUCCGGAGUCACCCUGGUGGCUGGUCCGCAAGGGCCGCCUCGAGGAUGCCAAGAAGGCCCUGCUGCAGCUGACGAGCCGCAACGCUCAGUCCAACUUUGAUGUCGACGACCAGGUCGCACUGAUGAAGGCGACCGACGAGCUCGAGAAGGCGCAGUCGGAGGGCAUGACCUACUGGGACUGCUUCAAGGGCGUCGACCUCCGCCGCACCGAGAUCGCCUCCGUGUCCUAUCUUGCGCAGUGCUGGUGCGGUUCGGCUCUGAUGGGGUACUCGGUCCAGUUCUACGAACGCGCCGGGCUGUCGCCCCAGAACUCGUUCGACAUGAACAUCGGACAGAGCGCCAUGGGCGUCAUCGGGGUUCUGCUCUCGUGGGUCAUGAUGGGCAGGUUCGGGCGCCGCGACAUCUACAUUGCCGGCAUGUUCGGCCUCAUGGUCAUUCUCAUGACCGUGGGGGGGCUCGGCUUCGCGCGCCCGGACCUGCCGGGCCCUUCGUGGGCGAUCGGAUCCCUCCUUCUGUUCUACACCUUCGUCUACAACAUGACGGUCGGCCCCGUCUGCUACUCGAUUGUCGCCGAGAUCCCCUCGACCCGUCACAAGAUCAAGACGGUCGUCUUGGCGCGCAACUUCUCCAACAUCGGCGGCUUGCUGAACAACAGCUUGAUGCCCCACAUGCUCGGUAUCCAUUCCUGGAACUGGGGCGCCAGGACGGGUCUCUUCUGGGCCGGAUUCUGUGUUGUGAUUCUUAUCUGGUCAUACUUCCGACUUCCGGAGCCCAAGGGCCGGACGUACGGUGAGCUGGACGUGCUGUUCCACCACAGGGUCAGCGCCCGCAAGUUCGCCAGCACUCGGGUUGACCAAUUCGCGGAGGGUGGCAACACCAAGGUCGAGCCGGUUGAUCUUUGA